UCUAAGCUUUAAAAAAAGCCCCACAUGUUGACAAUUGAGGCCGACCACGCUGUUUCUUCUGCAGAGGCGUGGCUGCACGCGAGUGGGUUUGGUCGGAUCGUCACGUAGCUCCUAUUUAGGUUUCUUCUCCGUGAGGCCGACUUCCAGGGAAGUAAUCGUCGCUAAGUAACGGGAAUAAAACUGCGAGAGAAACCUGAACAACAAGCUAAUCCCUAAAGGCUGCCUCAGGAGCAGUGGCGUGUCUUCAUGGCAGCUCAUCGAGGACACAUUAAGUACAUGAAACAGGAGGCGUAUGACAUGUCAAACGGUUAUGAAGACCACAUGGGUGGGGAUGAGGGGAAGGAUGCCAAGACCAACCUGAUAGUGAACUACCUGCCUCAGAGCAUGACCCAGGACGAGCUGCGGAGCCUUUUCAGCAGCAUCGGAGAGGUUGAGUCUGCCAAGCUGAUCCAAGACAAAGUAGCAGGCCACAGUUUAGGGUACGGAUUUGUUAACUAUGUUAACCCUAGUGAUGCAGACAGAGCUAUCAGUACACUGAAUGGACUAAGGCUACAGUCCAAAACUAUCAAGGUUUCAUAUGCACGACCCAGCUCUGAUUCAAUAAAGGAUGCCAAUCUGUAUAUCAGUGGCCUGCCAAAGUCUAUGACCCAGAAGGAUGUGGAGGACAUGUUCUCACGAUAUGGACACAUCAUUAACUCACGGGUACUUGUUGAUCAGGCAACAGGUGAGACAGGCAUGUCCCGCGGGGUGGCCUUUAUCCGCUUUGACAAGCGGGCAGAGGCAGAGGAAGCUGUCAAAAACCUGAAUGGUCAGAAACCCCCUGGGGCCUCUGAGCCAAUCACAGUGAAAUUUGCUGCCAACCCAAACCAGGUGAAGAACACCCAGCUCAUCUCUCAGCUCUACCACAACCAGUCCAGGCGCUUCGGGGGGCCCGUACACCACCAGGCUCAGCGGUUCAGGUUCUCGCCCAUGGGCGUCGACCACAUGGGCGGUAUGGGAGGCGUCAAUGUCCCAGGCAACUCUCCCUCUGGCUGGUGCAUCUUCAUCUACAACCUGGGCCAGGAUGCUGACGAGAGCAUCCUGUGGCAGAUGUUUGGCCCCUUCGGCGCCGUCACCAACGUCAAAGUGAUCCGUGACUUCAACACCAACAAGUGCAAGGGCUUCGGCUUCGUUACCAUGACGAACUACGAGGAGGCAGCCAUGGCCAUCGCCAGCUUGAACGGCUACCGACUGGGAGACAAGAUACUGCAAGUGUCCUUCAAGACCAGCAAGGGCCACAAAUAGAGAGAGCGCAAGAGAAGGACAAUCAGGUGUGGAAGAGAGAUGGAAAUGAUGGCGUUCGAGAGCAGAAGUAUGAGGUUGAAGAAAGUCUGGCACAUCUGUUUGAAGUUUUAGUUUAUUGAGAGUUCAAUGAGAGUUCACUCUUCUGCACCUUUGUACUUGUUGAAAAGUUUUUUUUUCAUCUUUGUACUCAUGCUCGAAGCUUGAGGAGAUUCAGUGGUUUCAUUUUUUAGGGUUAAUUUUUGAAUUGAUCUCAACAAAAAUACUGUCCAUAUGUGUCGCAUGUUUAAUAGUGAGGAUUAGAAUAAGGAGAAAAGAGGUGUUUAGCAGUUCUCUUAAAAAAAAAACGAACACAAGGAAGCCCUUCAUGUUAUUCUCUAAGAGUCAUUCUUUUAUUGUCAGGCAGGUACAGAGCAAUGAUUCACCUCGGGUUUGUCACGUAGGAGUCAACAGUGCUCUGUUCUGGAUCCUCAUCAGUAAAAACAGAUGCCUUAAAUGAUCAUCCAGUAAACACAAACCUGCAAUACCACUCACUGUCUUCAGUGAAUCUAAGAGCAAAGCACUUUUAAUCAAACUCCGUAAGGAUUAUAAAUCUUUAAUGUUAAUCAGUGACUUUCUCACCCUCUUUUGGGAUUAUAAAUUUUAAACAUGACAAGUCCUGCAAAGAAAACAUUUUGUUUGGUUAUUCUUGUUUUUUAUUUUAAAUUUAUUCAGGAGAGUUGUUGAAAUGGGCCCCAGUCAGUGAGUAGGGAAUUAAGAUGGACCAAAUAAAGGGAGGGAUUUGAUCCUAAAGAGGACUUUAUCACAAGGUAAAUCUUAAAAUCUUUAUUUUUAGUUGUUGUUAAAGAGGUACUAAACUUCUAUUUAAUCCUCACUUAGAGCAACAUGUCUUUGGCUCACUGUUUUCUUUUUUCCCUUUCAUUUUGACUUUUUUUGUUUGUUUUAUUUUUUUCCCCUCUCUGAAGGACUCGCUGUUUGUUACAAUAUUCAUUUUAACUUGUUUUAACGAGUGCUUAUCUCAAGUCCUGAGACAAGUUAAUGGCCUUUGUUAUUGAUUUCAGUUUAGUUGAUUUCUUUUUUUCUUUUGUUUUGGUUGUUUCACUUUGAGCAUAAAUCAUUAAAUUUUGUUUCUUUUUGCUGAACGUUUUGUUUGCUUUGUUUCUUUUUUAUAUUAAUUUUUUAAGUUUUGUUCAUUAUUUUUUUAGAAGCAUCUCAAGGAAAUCCCUGGCAAAACAAAAAAAUGCAGUUACAAAAACAUGUUUGAAGUAUUUGAUUCUUAUUAUAUGGACCAAUUGCAGUUGAGAUAACUUUAUUUAUAAUGUGAACACGAACAUAUCAAGGGAAGUUCUAAUCCAGCAAACAUUUCUAAGAUUACCACACGAGUUGAAACCACUAAUGAGCAUCGUUAAUUGUACCGUGAAAUAAAUCUGUACAGUAUGUUUUCACUUUAUGUGACUUAUAUAUCAGGCUUAGUCAUCGACUCCCAGUUAAGAAAAUUUGCCUUUUUUAUGUUAAACUCUGCUUUUUGGAGCCGGUCAGAGACUUUUAGGUAAAAUGUAACUUGUCUGCUUUAGUGCACUUGUGUAAAGUGACGAUAGGUUUGUCGUGCAUCUGCAACAUUUCAUGCGAACCCACAGACCAUUAACCUGACCACCUGCAGAUUUGACCUUUACACUCAAACCCAUUAAUUGCACUAUACAAUGUGUUCUUUUUCUAUUUUAUAAUUGGAUUACUUUUAACUGUAACAUAUUUAUGAUCUAUUUAGGACAGAUCAUUGACAUAUCGCAGUUUUUUCUCGUCUUGUUCUCAGAGGUGGGUCAAUUGUGUAGCAUCGGCUCUGAACGGUUAAAAAUAUAACCAUGGGGCCUCUUGGUGCUGCAGCAGCAAAGAAAUCUCUCUAGCAGUACCUGCAUACACAUAUUUUCAAAACCCGUUAUCAGCAGUAACACUCCAGACUUUGUUUAAACGCCUCUUUAAUCUCUGUGACCCCUCUGAAAAGAGUUCUUGGUACACGUUUUUGGUCUUGAAAGUGCUUUUUGAUUUACUGUUUCUGUCUUUAUCCUUAACUUUGUGCAAUAUUUUAUGACUCGCUCAAAGCAGGUGAUAAAAAAUUGUUGUCUUUUUUUAUUGUUUUCUACUGACGACCUUUGUUACUGCUUAGUUUUCACUGCAGUUUUGUUGAAGUUGCAUGAAAGAUGCAAAGUGAAUUUGUUUUAGGAGCAGUCAGUCAAACUGCAUUCCGCCUUAAUUUAUAAGUGAGAUGUUAUUUGACAUCAGAAGAGGCACAGAUAUUUAUUUGAACAUGUAAGCGGUCAAACGUGUUCCUUAAUGGAGUGUUUUUUAAUGGAUUUAGUUUUUUUUUUUUUUGUUUUUUUUUUUUUUUUUUUUUUUUUUUUUUUUGAGAACAAUGAAGUUGAAGUCCGUUAAAUGUCUUCUAACAUUGGAUCAUUUCAAUAAAAACA